GCAGUAACCGACAGGUCUUGUGUUGUGAAACAGCUAACUGUUCCCACCGUGACAGUGGGUUAGUUCUGUUAUGAUAGCGGAUUUUACGUUUUAAUAAGCGACACCAACGCGGUAUUGUUUAAGAACAUGUCACACCGCUAGUGGUUUGAAUCUGGAGAUACAACUUUUAGAUGGUGGCGGGCACCUGAAUGGUACUGUAAUCAACCUGCAACCUGUCUACAAACUACAAAAAAAAAAACAUUACAGUCAAGAGAGAAAAUGUUUCCGGCCACAUGGUCACGGCUGUCCUGCAAGGCUUUGUCCAGCCGAGGACUGAGGACGCAGAGUGUGCUGGCCAGCUCCGGACCUUCGGACUGGAGUAAAGUGGUCUCCGACGCAGAGAAGAUCGUCGGAUAUCCGACCUCCUUCAUGAGUCUCCGCUGCCUGCUCAGCGAUGAACUCAGCAAUGUUGCCAUGUACGUCAGGAAGCUGAUCGGGACUCGACACCCUUUGCUCAACACUGCAAGGGGCUACGUCUACGACAGCAGGAGCAACCUCCAGACAAGGGGACUGAUCGUGCUGCUAUUGUCGAAGGCGGCGGGGCCGAACCACGCGGCCUCCGACCUCCUGCUUCAGGACAUGGUCAGCGGCAUCUACCCUAGCCAGCGGAACUUGGCAGAAAUCACUGAGUUGAUCCACACGGCGUUCCUGGUGCAUCGUGGGAUAGUCGAUCUGAAGGGGUGGACGGACUCAGACGGCCCGCUGAAGGACAUGGAGUUUGGGAAUAAGAUGGCUGUGCUGAGCGGCGACUUCCUGCUGGCAAAUGCUUGUACCGGACUUGCUCAACUGAAUAACACUAAGGUUGUUGAACUGAUCUCGAGUGCCAUCGGUGAUGUGGUUCAAGGAAUCUACAGUGAGAAUAACAGUAAUGCUGAGGAGGACGGUCCCACUGACUGCGUCGACGUGGCGGCGUGGGAGGAGCGCGCCUUCCUGUCGCACGGGGCACUGCUGGCUAAGAGCUGUCAAGCUGCGAUGGAGCUCGCCAAACACGACAAGCGGUCACAGAGAUUGGCCUUCAAGUACGGCAAGCACGUAUCACUGGGACACAAGCUGAACUCGGACCUGCAGCCGUUCAUGAAGGGCGACGCGGGAGAGCCAGCGUCGUUCAGUUUCAGCGCCGCCCCGGUGGUUUUCCACCGCCAGCUCGUCGGCCAGGAGAGAUGGCGUCAGCAGCUGCAGCAGGCAACAACACUGAGAAACCAGCUGGAUUACUCAAAGCUCUUGGUGUCAGUGAAGUCUGAGAAAGGCGUGAGCUCAGCGGUGGACUUAUGCUGUUACCAUGGUAACAGGGCUCUGGAGGCCAUCCAGGCUUUCCCCUCCUCCGAGGCUCGAUCCGCCUUGGAGAACAUCGCCUUCGCCAUCACCAAAUUUUAAACCUGGACACACACACACACACACACACACACAGUGUCUUUGUCUGCAGAGGCAACAGGUCACUGAACAGUUCAACAAAUCAACUUCUCACGUCUGGAGAAACUGCUCUCCUCUGCUGUGGAUGACAGUGUGCAAUGCAAUGGCUAUACCCAUAAAUGGUCAUCAUUAAAAAGAAUAAAAGCACAUUACUGCA